AUGGGAAUCGAUGCCAAAGAUGUCGGAACUCUUGUCUGGAAAAUUCUCAGAAUUUCCACGACCACUGUUUAUACAUACGUAAGAAAACACCCACUAGUUUCAGGUGUUUCUGCGGUUAUAUUCCUCUUAUACAAAUUUCUUCCUUGGUUUUUCUAUUUCGUGCUUUGCUCUUCACCGUUCAUCGCCUGUUCUGCAUUUUAUCUUCGGAAUCAUCUAAAUUUCAAGCCUUUGAAUAUCAAAAGUAUCAAAACGGUUUCCCAAAAAGGAUCCGAGGAGGGAGGAUCAAGGAAGGCUGACUUAAAGCACCAAAGAAGUGUUCGACGAAACGCCAGAAGAAAAGUUGAAGAGGUUGGGAAAGAUUGGGACUCUUCUCAAGCUAGCGAGGAUGAGAGAGACAAAGUCAUUUUAAUCACUCUCUACGGCGAAUUCCCCAACACUACUAGAAAAUCUCCUCAACUCCAGAAAUUCAAGAAAGAUAGAACCUUUCUUGUGUCGGAAGAUUUCUCCUUUGAGCCUAGCCUCGACGAAGAAACUCAUUCAACCACCGGAAAUGUUUCCAUCGUAGAUCCAUCAUCCGAGAGGUUAACGAGCGGUGGUGGAGAAACCGAAAUUGAGUGUUCAUCAUCAUCAUCAUCAUCAUCAUCAUCAGAAGGCGAAGAAGAAACUGUCGGUGAAGACAAAAAUGUUGUAGCUUGGACCGAGGAUGAUCAGAAGAAUUUGAUGGAUCUAGGAAACUCUGAGAUGGAACGUAACAAGAGAUUAGAGCAUUUGAUUACUAGAAGAAGAACGAGGAGAUUAUUCUUACUUGCGGCUGAGAGAAGCCUAAUCGAUAUGGAAGUUCCUUCCAUCUGCGUUGGACGCAACUAUUUCGGUUUGGAUCAAGAAAACUAUGUAAUUGAUGCGCUUCAAAUGCCUGAAUCUGCACCUUGUGUAUUAUUACCAACAAAAAACAACCCAUUUGAUCUUCCUUAUGAUCCACAAGAGGAGAGACCUAACCUCUCAGGGGAUAGUUUUCAGCAAGAGUUUUCUGCAGACAAACCUAACGAGAGCUUCUUCUGCCGCCAUGAGAGCUUUUCUCGUAAACUUUUUCCAUCGGAAAUUCAGGUUGACUCGAGAAUGGAACCGUGGAAAAAUUCAAUUGAUGUAUGGCCUAGACCACAACAAGGUACCAAUGAUGGAUUGGUUGGGGAGAAACCGCCUCUAACGGAAGGAAAAUAUGUAAUAAGAGCAGAAGCAAAUGAUAUGGAGUCAGAACACAGGACAGAGAUCGUUGUGAGUGCUUCAAACUCAUUGCCUUCUCCUGGAGAGAGUGAAAUGGAUUCCAAAGUCUCAAAUCAAGAACGAACUUUGGGAAAACCAAUUGGUGAUCAUCGUGUUGGAAACUCUCUAAUGGGUAUGAUUCCUAGAAACACUAGGCCGCUUUCGAGUUCAUUAGCAGCAGAAAGGCAAAUAUACAUGGAACAUUUUGGUUACAGCUCAGGAAAAGGUCAUAUGGUGACGCAAUCCGUUGAAUCUGAUCUUCAAGUUGAGUUUUCUGAAAUGGGAUCACCUCCCACUACAGUUGAUGGGAAUUAUUCUUCUGAUGACGAGAAAUCACUCUUUGUAUUCGACUCAGAUACCGGAAAGGGAACGGACUUUAGUGGUGAGGAAAAUGAUGCGAAACAGAAGAGCAUUGUGGAUAAAGCUGAACACUCUCAAUUGUUACCAGUGGAGAAAGUUGAUCAAGAUUUCAAUGAAACGAGUUCUAUAGUUUCUCCGGAAACUGAUGUAGCCAAACAUUUUGAGGGACUGUCUGAUGGUACAGACGUGAAUGUUGUAAGAUCUGAGGAAGAGGAGAGAUCAAAAUCCAGACACUCUCUACUGGAAAGUUCAGACAGGGGAUUGCAUAUAUCCGAGGAGGCCACGGUUCCUCACAACAACGAAGUUGUGUCGCAAAGAGAAGAGGAAUCACAGGAACUUCUCCAAAACUCGGUGGAUGAGAUGAAGAUAAGUUAUGACUCUGAUGAACCUGAACCCUCUGAGAGAUCAAGAACCAAUCAAGAAGUAGAAGAUAAAUUUUUGAGAAAUGAUGGAGGCCAAUCAACUGAAGAGAUGGAAGAAAUGGUGCAAGCUCAAGCUUCAGAUGUGAAUCAUGUCACAUCUAACGAGUCUGCUACUUCCCCAAGAUCAGUGUUACCAGAUCUGUCGAUACCAUUGGGCCAGCCUCAUACUUUGACCUCUGAGAAUUUGGAACUUACACCAGAUAGUCAACCGCGAGCUAUAAUUCCAGAGCCGGACUCUCCUCAGAAUCAAGUAGGUGGUUAUAGUAGUAACAUUAGAGAAACAGAGGGACAAUCUGAGUCAAGUGAGGAAGUCACAGAAGAUCAUUCCAAUUCAAAUGCCAUUGUCCCUUUGGUUAACACUGAGCACGAAACUCACGGUUCUGCAGUAAUAUCAAUCUGAUGAAGGGGUAAGCUCAGAUCCAGAAUAAGAGUUCCUUAAUUCAUGUUUUUUUUUGA